GCAUACCGUGGUUCGUUACGAUACCUUUCGUACGUCCGUACUGCCCAGUCAUAAGCGAUUCACAUAUCCACGAGUGCAAGUGCAGUGCAGAACGGAGAUCCUAGGAAACGACCCUAAAUAGGCGCUUGCCGAUAGUAGGGUCGUGUUUAGGUGCUUGAAGGAGGUCGGGUCGCGUGCCGACCGGCCACCACGUCGCGCGGGAGACCCAAAGCAGUUUUAUAGCCCGUCUUAUUACCCGGUUUAUUGCGUCGUAACAGUUUAACGAUCAUCGCUUCAGAGUGCGAGUCCUCCCAACUGUUCGCGGUAACCAUAACAUAACAAGGCCAUAAACCCGAGCCAUGAGUCCCAUUCUCAAUUACACUCCAUCGGUCUAUUGACAUUGACACUGGUCCCACCGAUGACUUUUAUGGCCUCUUAAACGGUUUAAUGCACCUUCGCCGUCCCUUCUCACUCUGGUACCUGCUACCAUCCUUGGUCCUCAGCGCCUUCUUAGCGGGUAUUCCCGGUUUGACCUUUUGCGUUCUUCGGGAACAGGUGAAGUGAAGCGGUCAAGUUAUUGAAAAAGCCCCCUCCGGCACGGACUAGCAGGACCCGGCUAGCCGCGCACGAUCCUACCCAACACUUGUUUUCCAGAGUGGUGUUUCAGUGCAAGUGAUCCAAGAUACCAGGAAUAAUGAACUCUUACUUCGAACAGAGUGCGGGUGGCUUCUACGGGAGCCAUCAUCAUCAGGCAGGAGCAGCGGGUCAACAUCAUGAUCCAGCAACAGCAGCCUACCGGAGUUUCCCUCUCGGACUAGGCAUGUCACCCUAUGCUUCAAGCCAACAUCAUCAUCACACGUCCUCGUCCCUUGGCAUUCAUCCUGGUAGCGGUACCAAUACGAGGCCCCCUCAGGACUCACCCUACGAUGCCAGUGUUGCAACAGCAUGCAAACUAUAUUCAUCCACACCUGAAGCCACUGGUCACACAACUUCAUCAUAUUCCUCUUCAGCAUCAAAAGACUGCAAACAGCAAGAUCAGGCUGCUGCCCAUCAGAAUGGUUAUGCUGCGGUUAUGGCAGCCGCUGCGGUCAAGGACGUUUGGCAGUCGGCGACCUCGGCUGCUAAUAGCCAGUCCAAUUCAGUCGUCCGUCCUUCCGCAUGCACCCCUGAAGGUACGAGAGUUGGCAGCUAUGGUGGCCUCGUUGGUGGUGAUCCAGCUUCGAGUCCUGGAAACAACGGAUCCUCGAGAUCCCUCACAUCCUCCUGGAACACCUGCAGCCUCAACUCGGCCGCGAGUCAACCGGUGGCCACACAGCUACAUCAACAACCCGCCGCCAACCAUACCUUCUACCCCUGGAUGGCUAUAGCAGGUAAGGAAGAUAUUGCUAAGCCACAUUGGACAUGGUUGCAAGGAGCGAAUGGACUGCGCAGGCGCGGACGCCAGACUUACACGCGCUACCAAACGUUGGAGCUGGAGAAGGAAUUUCACACGAAUCACUACCUCACGAGGCGGAGGCGGAUCGAAAUGGCGCACGCGUUAUGCCUGACGGAAAGGCAGAUAAAAAUCUGGUUCCAGAAUCGACGGAUGAAGCUCAAGAAGGAGAUUCAGGCGAUUAAGGAGUUAAAUGAACAAGAGAAACAAGCGCAGGCGCAAAAGGCAGCGGCGGCAGCGGCUGCGGCUGCGCAUCAACAGCAAGGGGGUGGCGGUGGGGGUCCCGAGGGGGGUAACUAGGGGUACGCCCUGCACCGGAGCCCCCCUGAUCACCCCGCCAACCCACAUCAUCCUCUGCUAGCACCACAAUGUACACAGCUAUAUUAAGGUGAGUGGCUGGCUACACCAACCGUCUCUGUAAUGCCAAAUAGGUAUCGAUGUGUGUAUCUGUCGAUAGUCAGUUUAUCGGUUGCGGCGAACGGAUGCUGCACCCGGUGAGUGACGAACCCCGGACUCCCGUAGCUCACUUGACCAAUACCCUAAAUCAAUCAGCCACGUCCAAGUUCCGUACACUUCAUUAGAAUACCAUCGUAGGUCCUGUACCUAACGUAGCCUGUUUUAGAUCGUGUAGAAUAGUCUUCAGGUUGUAAAACUAAAAGCCAACGAAGGAAGCGACGAAAAAAACACACACAAACUAAAACAGUCCGUGCGAACAAGGGGGGAGUCGCGGCGCCGCGUCGCGCCGUGGGAGUAAAAGUGCAUGAGCAUAAAAUUAGGAAACCGAAAUACGUAAUUAAAAGCUACAAAAUACGCAUUAGUUCGUAGUAGAAUUAGGUUAAAUUUGUUUGUCGCGUUCGAGAAGACGAGUGCACGAUUGGGUGGAUGGAGAAAGUAAUGGGUGAUUGCGGAGCGAUUGUAAGUAUCGGUGAUCCCGGAUCGGUGUACAAAUUCCUUAUUGAGAUCCUCUUUUUUUAUUAUUUACAUUUAUUAUGUUAUUUUUUAAUUAGUUCGCUCCAACGCAAUAAAAGUGCAAAAGCUCGGUGCGUCUCUUCGAGCGACGACACGAUGACUGCUGUUGAUGUUAUAUUUUUGUUAUUUUUAUUGUCUUCGCAGCGAUUCGAGAAUUCGUUUACACCGUUUCACCCUCUCUUUUUGGAAAAUUUAAAAUUAAAUCACAAUAUUAAUUUCGAAUCCAAACACACAGGGAACACUGGGUACUUUUCAUUUUGAGUAGAUGAGUAAGUUCGGUUCUAAUCCAAGCUUCCUGGCUCACCCACAUCGAGAAAAUUCUAAGCUGUAAUGGUUCGUGUCCUUGCUAAGUUUCUAGAACAUUUGAUGACGUCAUCAAGAAUGUUCUAGAAACUUAGCACGAACACGAACCCCUGCAGUGUAGAAUCUUCUCGAUGUCAGUAAGGUAGGAAUCUUAGAUUAGAAGCGGCCUUACUCAUAUACUAUUUUUUUGAAUUAUUCAUUGUAGUAUUUCCUUUAGAAGUAACUACAAAAAUGUGUUUGCUGGUCGGAAGGGUGAACUCAAUGAGUUGGUUGCAAGGUAAACGGUGAAAACGCUCUUCUUUCGAUCGUUAAAGUAUAUAAAUAUAUAUUCAUGUUCGAAAGUUUUGUUAUUAUUGUAUAGAAACAAAUAUGACGUAUUCGCUCAGUACCUGCCAAGGGGGUGGUAACGAGUACGCGCUGUUCGAUCACAAUGCCGUCUUUAAAAAAGCAUUUAAAGCAAGCUUCAUUUUUCGACGUCGUCCUGAGAGUGAUAAGACGAUAAAAAGAAGCUACAAAAGAGCAAAAGAUACCCACGUAUGUACGUACCUACCUAGUACCUAUGGACGCCUUUGCCACACCCAGAAAAGGAUUUACUCAAUCACUCUUUGAAUAACCGCAAUUUUUACUCCAGUAAAAAAAAAAAACUAAAGAGUUAUUAUUUUUAAAUUUAGUUUAUCUCUGUUUCACUGUAGUUCAGGCCUGCCCAGUGAGGAGAAACUCGACCCAAGCAGAAGUCCAACAUUUGCUCCGGUCGCGUAUUUCUCCUCGCUGGACAGGCCUUAGUUAUAUUAUUUUAACUAAAUUAUAUUUAUUUAUACUAAAAGUUGAUUUGUAUUCACUUCAUUAAAUGAAGGUUUAAGGAGGUUCUUAAAUAAAAUUCUGGUGCUGAUUAAAUGUUUUUCUGGAUGGGAAAACGCAUGGCGCUACCGUAACAGUAAUGUUAUUCUAGUUAACGAUUGUAUACGAAUAGGCACUAAGUGAAAAACCUGGAAGGACGUAGCUAAAACGCAGUAUUUCUAAGAAGAAUGUAAUGUUAAUAAUUAUUUAUUUUGUGGAUCUCCGAACGAAUCUCUCUCAUCGCUCCACUGUACUAUACGUAAUUAGGCGAGCGGGUCUACUUAGAAGUAGGCUCUACGCAUUAUAGCUGUGUUUUCUGUGUGAACGUUUUACGUGCAAAAUUCUUUUUUUGUAAUAUAUUAGAGUAUUAAUUAUUUACCGGUAUGAUCCUGAUGUAUGUAUCCAAUGCGACCAGGGCCGCACCUGCUUCCUAUGCAUUAAAAACUGGAUAAAGAGAAAGUCUUAGGGGCGGUUGCCGUUCUGAACGCCGAAUUGUAAUUUUAUGCUGAUUAUACAAUUGCUAAAAA